UCUUUAUUAAAGAACACCACAGCCUAAAGGUGGGCGAGCUAGUUGGCCUUUCUAGCUUGCUCGCAUUUCAUGCCAUCGCCAUUGCAGCGCUCACCUUAGCUAGCGAGCGGAUGCCAGCCCUCACCUCCGAUGCCAUUGUUGCGUCCCCGAGGUGGGGCGCCCCCUUCUGCGGCGGCCGUUCAGGCGAGCCGCGCACUCGCCGCACGCCGUCGUCCGCCGGCCAAGGUCACGGCUGUGGAUGGCCGCCGCUGGACCGCGUGGCCGGCUGGGUCGGCGGCGGCAUCGCCGCGGUGUUCUUCGCGUCCCUGGAGCGGUGCUCGUGCUUCAACGUGCGCACGUACGACGACCUCCUCGACGACGAGCAGAGGGACUCGGAGGCGCCGCUCAUGUUCGACGACGGCAACGGUAACUCCACCGGCGUGGAGAGGCGAGGAGCCAGGAGGUGCGGCAAGGGCAGGAGGACUGGUAGUGGGGACUUUUAGAGUACGAUAUUAAUAUAUUUUUGUUCAAAAAAAAAGUUGUUCGCGUGGUUUAAUUUUGGUUGUCGUCGUCUUAAGCUGCAGCGUUCGUCCUAUUUCGAGUAAGUUUUAUCCUUGUAAUGCUAUUUCCUACUACAUUUCUGUUUAAAUUAUGAGUGUAUAUAAGGAUGUUUCACUGUAUCCAAGUUAAUUCAAAGUUAAAUACCUCUAAACUUAGCUCCUUUUUGUUCC